CCGUCUCGCUCCUCUUCAGUUGCAAUUCGCCUUGCCUCUCGACUCCCUUGGCUCGGCCUUUCCCUUCAUCUUCACCUCCUCCUCUACCUUGCCCCCUCUUGCUCCGUGGUAGUUCUGUAAACAUCCACCGGCACAGCGUUACUUCACCCUUGCUUCACUUCCUCACCUUCGCCUCCUUCACCUUGCCCCCACCCCCGCCUAAACCUUCUCUCAAUCUCCCCCCACCCACAUCGACAUGGAGGGGACCCCCGGUAAGGUCCCGAGAUUCACCUCCUCCCCAAACGUGGGUCCCCUCACUGUGAAAGGGGUCCGUGUGGGGGUCACCGGGCCACGUGUCCACCUGGCUGGGCUGCCCCCCGCGGCUGUGACGACGAGGAGGAGGAGGAGCAGCAGGACUAGGGAUGUUGGUGCUCUUCCGCCACCGAGACCUGUCACCUACACCUGGAGCCGUGGGGGACGCCUCAAGGAGCUGAGGAUCAGGCAUCUGGCGAGGAAGUUCUUGCACGUGUGGUCCCGGAAGGUGUUUGGACGAGUGCUGCCCUCGGCUGCCAGGGCCCAUCACAGACGGGCGGUGCUUCAAAGGGCAUUUGGCACGUGGCAGGAAGCGUGGUGGAUCAGCCGGAGGGAAUGGAAGCUGCUCAUCCGCGCCGACUGCCACCUCAGGUUCCAGCUGUAUGCGCGCACGUGGAGGGCAUGGCAGUGCUACGUCCAGUUACGCAGGGACAAGGAGGCGGUGAACGCAGUGGCCCAGAGGCACGCUCGGAGCUCGUUAAUGCGCGGGGCGUGGGGUGGCUGGAGACGCUUUUUGGGAGGUCAGAAAAGGGAGCGGGCGAUGCGCUCCGAGGCGGUGCGCUUCUCGCUGGAGCUCCUGCUGAGGCGCUCGUGGUCCGCGUGGCUGCGGAGGUUGCGGUGGCAAAGGAGGCAGCAGGAGAAGCAGGGAGCCGCACUUCAGCACUGGGCGCUGCACCUGCAGUACAAGGCCUGGGUGCAGUGGAGCGAGGGGCUCCGCGCGCGGGAAGCCGAGCGUCGUCGGGAGCAGCUCGCCGACGCGCACCGCCACCGUGCCGGCCUGCACAGGGCGCUGGCGGCCUGGCGCUCCUACGCGGGGGAGCGCCGGCGAAAGCGGGAGCUCUACGAGCGAGCCAGGGGGCUGUGCCAGCGCCGUGCGCUGGCGAGCUGCGUGGCACGCUGGCGCUCGGCUUGGGAGGAUCGCCAGCAAGAGAGGGACAAGCUGGAAGCCGCGUUGGCGCUGGCCGCUGGCGCCCGCUUGCGCCGGGCCCUCCUACACUGGCGCCAUUACGUGAUUUUGGCGGAAGACGAGCAGGAUCGAUGGCGAGAGGCUGGCGCGUUCCAGGACCGGCUGCUGCUGCGGCGGAGCCUCCUCGCGCUGCAGGGGCACGCGACCGCGGUGCGCGACACCAGGAUUCACGCCGUCCUGGCCGAGCAGCAGAGGCGACAGUGGCUCAUGCGGAGUUGCUGGCGCCACUGGCAGGGAUCGUGCGACGAGAGGGAGGAGCAGCGUCUCUCCUCGCUCACCGCUGCCGCUUGUGAGCAUCGCAGGAGGUCUUUGGUCAGAAGGGCCGUGCGGUGCUGGCUUCACCGCGCCCGCACCACAAAGGCGCACGAGUCACGACUGAGCGUCGCCGCUGCUCGCCACGCGAGCCGCGUGCUGCCCCGAGCUCUGGGCCAGUGGAGAGCGUACGCUGUGCGGCGCAGGAGGCAGCGGGAGAUGGAGGGGGAAGCCGCCCUCUUCCGCAGGGCGACAGUCAGAGCGUGGGUGUUCCACCGCUGGUGGGAGCAGGCGGGGAGCAAGCGCGAGGAGCGGCUCGCCGAGAGGAUGGCCAUCCUGCACCACGAGCACCAGCUGCGGGCCGGGAUCUUCUUCCUGUGGCGGAAGCGCACGGCGGAUGUGGAGGACGACAGGCGAAAAGAAGCCCAGGCCGUGGCGUAUCACCGCGCUCGGUCGUUGCGCCGUUGCCUGCUCGCUUGGAGAAGCUUCGUCGCGAGAGCCAAGGAGAGCCGAGUGCGCGAGGGCUUGGUGGUCCAGCGCAGAUGCAGGCAGCGUCUGAGCGUCUCGUGGCAAGCAUGGAGGGCGUUUGUGCGGCGUGAGAGGGAGAAGAGAGACUUGCUCGCUCGGGCCGACUCGCACUGCAGGCUCAAGGUGUUGCAGCUUCACAUGGCGGCGUGGAAGCGCCAGCACGCCGAUCGUCUGGCCGUGCUGGAGGAGGUGCGCGUCAGAGAGCAGCGGCAUCGGCGGUGCGAGCUCCGGCGGGCCGUCCUCGCCUGGCGCACCAAUGCGCUCGCCGGCAAGCAAGAGAGGCUGCUCACCGCGGAGGCGCAGCGGCAUUACGAGCGGGCGCUCGCGAAGCGGGCGCUGCGGGAGUGGCGCGAGGCGACGGUGGUGCGCGUGCGACGUCAGCAGGAGACCCGUGCCCGCUUGGAGUGGGCGCGGAGUCAGCUCAACCUGCCGACGCUUCGCCGGCGGUUUGGGUCAUGGAGGCUGCGGCUCGCGGCCGCGGCGCGGGAACGCAGGGCGGCCGAGCAGGCGGAGUGCCACCGCCGGCGGGCGCUGCUGGGCCGAGGCCUGGCGGCGUGGCUGAGUCACCACGCGCUGUGCUUCCGCAAGACGCUGCUGCACCGACGGAGCGAGUGGCUCCUCUCCACGCGUCUCUCCCGCACGUACUUCGCGAUCUGGAGCCACAGGCUGUCCGAGCGCAGGGCGGAGGCGACGCUGACCUGCGUGGCGCUCUGGCACUGGUCGCUCGUGCUGCAGGGAAAGGUGCUGGCCGCGUGGGUGGCGUUCACGCGCGAGCGGGCUCGCCGGCGCGCGCGUCUCUCCCUGGCGAUGGAGGCGUACCGGCGCCAGCUCCUCCGGGACGGGGCAGCCCAGCUGCUCCGCCACGCCGCCCAGUCGGCGCACGAGCGCUCGCGCCGUGUGGCAGCGAGGCACGCGCAGAGCGUGUACAGCGUGCACCAGCUCGUACACCGCUGUGCGCUGCGCUGGAGGAGGAAGACUCUUGAGCACAGAGAGCUCCGUGCCCGCCUAGCGGAGGACCCAUCCGUUGCCGCGACGACGACAAAGAAGAAGAAGUCCGUCACCUUUGACCUGAUGAGUCCAGCCGGGCAGCUGGCCGGAGCGAUGGGUGGCGGCAUGAGGAGACAGGGCCCUGUGAGGAGCAACUGUCUUCCCCUGGCGUCUUCGUCAGUCCACUGUAGCGUCGAGGCUCUAGGUGGCGGCCCGGCUCUCGAGCUACAGAAGGGCGGCGUAAUUGCGCGCAGCGAGACUCGUUACGGCGAGGGAGCGCCGCCGCCGCCGCCCCACCGCUCCGGGUCGCCGCCGCGGCUACGCGGUCGCACGCAGCCCCGGCGGCCCAGCUUCCUGCUCGAGUCCCUGCAGAGAGACCGACUUGUGGGCCGCCUGCGCAGCGAGGCCAUCGACCGGCACCUUCCCGCGGGGCAGCUCGUGUCGUGCGGCGAGCGAUCCGGGCCCCUGGCGCAGGCCUCCGCUGGCGCGGAUUCCAGCUCGCGUCCCGGUGCGGGUUCUGGCACCGGUCACGGCACCGGUCACGUCCCCGUGGCCACGUUCGCCGGACCAGGGGAGGAGACUCCAGUCGACUGGGGCUCGUUGCCGGCCGUUCGUCGGGGAGACGCAUCUCUGGCCCGGCCCGUUUUGGUGCCGGACCUCGGCGCUCGGCCUCCAUCGCUCCUCUCUUCGCAGCGCGCGCCGAGCGGCUUCGGCCCGGCCGGCUCGGGGCCGCUGCGGCCGUGGCCGUGGGGAGCGGCGCCGGUUAUUGCCGAUGCAGGGGAGGGAGCCCGGGGCGUCUCUGGGGAUGGCUGCCCCCUCGCAGCUCCGGCAAAUUGGAAAGAGCCGCUCCUCCCGCCGUCCUCCUUCACGUUACCGGCAGCAACGAAGUUUGUACCGAAAAGCGACCGUCGUGGAAAUUAUUGUCACGUGACGGAGAAGGCCAGUGAGAUGACGGACGACGACGACGAUGGAGAUGAACAUCUCACGAUUGGGGCUCAUAAAUCUGGGGUGGCCUCAUGGGGGGAGGACGAUGAGGAGGGAGGCGGAUCUGCGGACGCGAGUUUAGACAUGGCCGAGCUGCUGAGAAUCCACAACGAGCUCGAAGAGUACAACGAAGACCGGACGCGACUGCGCUCCCUGCAAAGGCAGGCGACGGUGCUGAGAGGCUGGCUGAGUUCCGUGGAGGCUGCCGAGAGGGAGCGAGGCGGGGGGAGGAGAGAGGAGGAGGUGGCCGCGGCAGGCGAGGAGGAGUCUGUUGGGAGUUCUCAUCAAAUUCAGCAGGAGCUCGCGGAGGUGACCCACGAGGUGGAGAGGCAGACGGCGCUCGUGGAGAGGAACCGCGAGCGCGUCGAGCGCCUCGUCGCGCGCGUGAGUCAGCUGAGCGCGCCGCUGGGCGUCUGACGCACGGAGCGGCAUUUUCACGCCCGCCCCCCCCCCCCCCCCCGCCGCCUCGUUCCGUGUCGUCCGUGGAGACGGAGAGGUGGAGGGAGAGGGAAAAAGAAAUCAAAUGUAACGGCCGCGAGAGAAAAAGUCCGCGGUCGCAAAAGAAGUGCUAAUCAUCCGAGCAUCGCGUGUGCGCGGACGCCCAAGGCCCCCGGGCUGUUUAUAAUGAAGCGGCUUUGUGCUUUGAUCGCGCGAAAUGCGUCGGUGUCCAGAGGAUGGCGCGGUACGACGGUUGUGGCACAUGUGGGAGCCUCGUGCCUUAAUUGGAUUUGUGGUAUUUAUGAGUUGCCUUUUUUACGUUAAGAGUGCGGAAUAUUUGAAAUGCAUGAACGCACACUCACGUGUGUUAAUUAUUGGCGAUGCCCUCCUACGUUGCCAUAAGUGUUGACUUAUCAGUUUUUUUUACGAAUGGGACUGCUUUUGAUUGAGUUGGUUCAUCGUUGUGCCGUCAAGUGUCUGUAUAUGUGUUCAAUCCUCGCAUUGUGUUCGAUACUGUUGCGUAAACACGUUUUUGUGUUUUUUGUAAAUCGACCAACUUUCAUAUCUUGCAACAACUUACGUGCCUGUGUACGUUUGCUCGUUGCUAAUAAAAUUGACUUAAAACACAAA